UUGCAUAUGACGAAGGCUUCAUACCGUUGUCCAUCAAACCAUGGUGACGAAACAGAUUGCUAAUGAUUUAAUAGAUACAGACAUUAUUACAAGUUUGUAAAUAAGAUGUACAAUGCAGCAAUACGUGACUUAAUAACAUGAGGAGGACAGUGAUCUGAAUUAAACAUUUAUAAAAGGCACUGCCCGACGGACUAAAACCAAGGUGUACGUUCAUGAAUAGUCUUACAAAAGAAAAAGUGUGAAAAUAAAAAUGAGCAUCUGUUUCAACCAGAAGACAAAACCAGGCUUAUUUUGAUGUGCCUGUAAAUAUCGCCCUGAAUAAAUUACCAUUCUAACGAAAAUACUACUGUAGUUAUCUAUCACUUUCAACUAUGUAUAAAUUCUAAUAUAUUUAUGUUUACAGACAUAUUCGAAGAUUCUCCAGCUAUCACCCUGUAUGCUGGAUUGCAUAGGCUGCCUUUACGCCGGCGCAUGCAUUUUCCAAACUGUUGGUUUGUUCACAACAAAGUGGAUUUCAAACGAUAAAUGCGACUCUGUUGGACUAUUGUACAGUUGUUGCGGUGGACCUGAUAACAAUACUUGCAGACGUACGCAGGGAGAGGACGAACUGGAUACGUCAGCACUAGGUCUACAAAUUGUUUCACUUGUAUUGAUGUGGAUUGGAGUUUUGAUGUUUGUCGUUGGUAUAUAUUGUGCAUGUGGAUUUUUUAACAAAUGCAUAGGAAAAGAAAAGAGUUGGGUGACUGUAGCACUGCUUAAAUGUUGCGAAAUGCUAUUUUACUAUAUGAUUAUGUUUUUUGGAGUCUUGCUGCUGUCGAUUUCGGGUAUAUUGAAUAUAAGUGGGUGCAUCGUCGUUGCAACAAAGUUCCCACGUGCACAACUAGGCUACUCCUUCUACCUUUGCGUAAUAGCAGGUUGUUAUUUCCUUCUAAUGGGCGUAAUUUCUUGCUUUGCAUUCUGUUGCGACCGAGGCUUUAUCCGGAAGCGACUCAGCGUCUAUAGAAAAUGACAGCUCAUCAACAGAUAAUACAUCAUUGGUAUAUAACUGCAUCUGCGACACAAAUUAUCCUGAGAAGACACAUUUAGAAUGAUAAUUUUCAGUGAUAGAGUUGAAAGAGGCAUUGCCAAUUUUCCGGAAUUCAUCUAUGUUGUGUUUAUUUGGACUAACCGUGAAUUCCCAUGUAAGAAAUUCAGCAGAUUAAUGGUGUCCCAGAUUCCAAGCAAGUGGUACGCUAGUAUCUAGUGUUAGUUUUACUGAAAGGUAAAUUCCAAAUGAAUUGUAAAGGGUGUUAUCCCCGAAGAGCAUUUAAAACAUCUAAAAUAGAUGAAAAUCGCAAACACAGUUUGAUGGAAUUUGAAGGAUGUCAGCAAGAGUAAGGGCAACACAAAUCACGUUUUUUUUCAAUCGGCUCUAAUAAUGUUCUCUCUUAAAUUCUUAAAGUAUUGGAAUCAAUGAUUCCAAAGGAUUUAAAUGAUACAAAACAAAGACAAGCAUAACAUUUUAAAAAACUUUUAUUGUUGAACAAAUUAAAAUUUUGAGAUCGAC